CAGAGUUGUUCACGCGUCCGGUUGUUGCCGGCUGCGCUGAUAAUCAUACACUUAAGAAGGCACUUCAGCUAAGCUAAUUGUUUUCUCUUAUCGUAAUCCAAGUACAUAGUACACACAAAUUGAACUUAACUGCCUAUAAAAGCAAGAACUGCGACUUGAACGCACUUAGUUUAGCGCCAUCAACAGCAUACGUUUGCAAUGUCAAAAACAAUUGGGAUUUGGUUAACAUUACUUUAUGUACUCAGCUUCACGCAUAAUGUUGAGCUCAGACAUAUUAAGGGUGCACCUAAAUCCGAUCCAGAACCACAAUGUGGAUAUCAGAGCUGCCAUCCAACAAAACCAAAUAUGCUGAAUGUACAUCUUAUUGCUCAUACCCAUGACGAUGUGGGUUGGCUUAAGACUGUCGAUCAAUAUUAUUAUGGAAGUGAGACCCAAAUUCAGAAGGCUGGGGUGCAAUACAUUAUUGAUUCGGUGGUGGAAUCCUUAUUAAGAGAUCCCGAAAAACGAUUCAUUUAUGUUGAGUCCGCAUUUUUCUUCAAAUGGUGGAAGGAACAGACGGAGGAACUGCAGGACAAGGUGAAAAUGCUGGUAAACGAGGGACGCUUGGAAUUCAUAGGUGGAGCCUGGAGUAUGAAUGAUGAGGCAACCACGCAUUAUCAAAGUGUAAUAGAUCAAUUUGCAUGGGGUUUAAGGUUAUUGAAUGAUACCUUUGGAGAAUGCGGCAGACCCAAGAUUGGCUGGCAAAUCGAUCCGUUUGGACAUUCACGAGAGAUGGCAUCCAUGUUUGCACAAAUGGGAUUUGAUGGUAUGUUUUUCGGACGGUUGGAUUACCAGGAUAAGGACGAACGUUUGAUGACACAAAACGCCGAAAUGAUAUGGCAUGGUUCCGAAAAUUUGGGGGAGAAAGCUGAUUUAUUCUCUGGGGCACUAUAUAACAAUUAUCAAGCACCGGACGGAUUCUGCUUUGAUAUUCUGUGCUCCGAUCAACCCAUUAUCGAUGGUAAACAUAGUCCAGACAAUAAUGUCAAGGAGAAGAUCGAUGCAUUCUUUGAGUUUGUUACAAAGAUGGCGGAAGGUUAUAGAACUAAUAAUGUUCUUAUUACCAUGGGUGAGGAUUUCCAUUACCAGAAUGCUGAUAUGUGGUAUAAGAAUCUGGAUAAACUGAUCAAGUAUGCCAAUGAACGCCAGGCCAAUGGCUCGAAAAUAAACCUGUUGUAUUCAACGCCAUCGUGUUACUUGAAAUCCCUGCAUGAUGCUGGCAUUUCGUGGCCUACAAAGAGCGACGACUUCUUCCCAUACGCAUCCGAUCCACAUGCUUACUGGACCGGUUACUUCACCUCGCGACCAACUCUGAAGCGUUUCGAGAGAGACGGCAAUCAUUUCCUACAGGUCUGCAAGCAGCUUAGUGCUCUUGCCCCACAGCAAUCGGCAGAGUUCGAUCCACAUUUGAAUUUUAUGCGUGAAACGAUGGGAAUAAUGCAGCACCACGAUGCGGUUACUGGAACGGAGAAGGAAAAGGUUGCUCUAGAUUAUGCAAAACGAUUAAGUGUUGCCUUCCGUGCUUGUUCCACCAAUAUCAGAUCCGUUUUAAAUCAACUGUCUAAGGGAUCCAAUCAGGAGGCAUCUACAAACUAUCCAUUGGAACUAAAAACUUGCUCGCUUCUGAAUAUAACUAGUUGUAGUACAUCCGAGUCCAGCUCCCGAUUUGCUUUAACACUCUAUAAUCCUUUGGCUCAUCGUACCAAUGAAUACGUGAGAAUACCUGUGCUCGAUUACAAUUACGUCGUAACAGAUUCUUCUGGUAAAAGUUUGCCAACCCAAGUGGUUCCAAUACCUGGACCUGUGCUGUCAAUCAAGCAAAGAAAUUCUAGUGCCAUUUAUGAGCUUGUGUUCUUGGCCUCAAAUUUACCAGCCGUUGGAUUUAAGACAUAUUUUAUUGAGAAAUCUGAUGACACAGCUCAUAAGAAACCCAAAUCUUUACCAAAGAAAUCAACGAGUUACACCGUGAUUGGAGACAAGAACUUCAAUUUAACUUUUGAUACGAACGGUUUUCUUUCACAAGCGUCGGCCGAUGGCAUGACAAGAAUGAUUUCCCAGGAAUUUCUGUACUAUGAAGGGGAAAUUGGAAACAAUAAGGAGUUUCUAAAUCGUUCAUCUGGCGCUUACAUCUUCCGCCCCAAGGAGGGCAAAUUACAUUUCGCCACAGAUCACGUUUCCAUUGAUGCGUAUAAGGGCUCCUUGGUACACGAGGUGCAUCAGAAAUUCAAUGAUUGGAUUAGUCAAGUGGUACGCAUCUAUAACGGAAGAAACUAUGCCGAGUUCGAGUGGUUGGUGGGCCCAAUUCCCAUUGAAGAUGGUAACGGAAAGGAGAUUAUUACUCGUUUCAAUUCGGAUAUUAAAUCAGAAGGCAUUUUCUAUACCGAUUCCAAUGGCCGAGAAAUGAUAAAACGCCAACGAGAUCAUCGUGAUACUUGGAAUCUAAAGCUUCAUGAAAGCGUCUCGGGCAACUAUUAUCCAGUGACAACGAAAAUCGCUCUAGAGGACUCAACGGCACGUAUGGCGAUCCUAACCGAUAGGGCACAAGGAGGUAGCUCCAUGCAAGACGGUGCCUUGGAGUUAAUGGUUCACCGUCGUCUGUUGCACGACGAUGCAUUUGGUGUUGGCGAAGCCCUCAACGAAACUGAAUACGGCAUCGGACUGAUUGCCAGGGGCAAGAACCAUUUGUUUAUUGGUGCAUCUUUGAUUCGCGAGGAUAUAUCCCUUAAAGCAAUGGAGCGUUUAGUGCAGUUGGAGACCUUGUUGCCAUCAUGGAAAUUUUUCAGCAAUAUGAAGGAAUACACCCAACAACAGUGGCUCAGUGAGUUUACCAACUCGUAUACUGGAAUUUCAUCAACCCUCCCAAAAUCAGCGCAUCUGCUAACCUUGGAGCCAUGGCACGAUAACGAACUACUUGUUCGAUUUGAGCAUAUUCUUGAAAAAGAUGAGGAUUCUAACUACUCAAAGUAUGUGCAGUUCAAUGUCAAGGAUGUACUCGGUGGUUUCAACAUUGUUGAUAUGAGGGAAACAACAUUAGAUGGAAAUGCGUGGCUAGACGAGCACCGACGCUUCGAGUUUGUACCUGAUCCAGAAGAUGAGAGCUAUAACGCAUAUGGCGUAUUUAAGAAGCAAUCGAAUAGGGUUCACCUACUGGAUGCAGCUAAACCUCUACUGGGCGUCAAAUAUUCAAAUGAAGCCUUGGAAACCGGAGAAUUGGGAGCCGAAAGCAAUCGCAUUAGACGUAGUGCUAACAAUAGACAUUUUACUAUGCACAGAGAACGCAUUACCCAAGAUGAAAGGAAGAGCGCUAAUAAAGCAUAUGUACCAGCAAAUGACCGCGCCAAAUAUUUGAUCGAGUUAAGUCCCAUGGAAAUUCGUACUUUUGUCAUAUAUCUAGAAUAAUACCCGCUAUAAAAUAUUCUAUAAAUAAAUAGAUCUUCAAAGCA